AUGACCACCUCAGCCACCCUGUCCACAAAAACCUUCAUCCCAGGCUGGACCUCCAAACCCUUCUCGACCCUCGCCCUCUCCGCCAGCGGCGUCCUCGCCCUCGCCGAUCUCCAAACCAUCGCCCAGCGCACCGCCCUCAGCGGCGGCGCCAGCUGGAUCGACACCUUCCUCCUCGCACCAGGCAUCCACUACCAACAAGCCGCCGACGAAUUGUACCGCAAGGGCCAAGCGGGCCCGAUUAUUGACGUUGUCGAUGAACUGGCGCCUUCGUCGGUGGUGUUUAAAUUGCAUAAUGCCGCGACGGCGAAUUAUAUCCAGAAGGUGGCUAAACCUGGCGAGACGGUGACGCUGGAUGUGGGGAGGGCGAUUGCGGGGAGUCAUCGGUAUAAGCUGCAUCGGUCGGAUAGUGGGAAGCAUGCUACGGCUUGGAAGGAGGGUGGGGGGGAUACGGAUUUGGGGUGGAUUUCGCAUGCGUUGUAUUUGAUGGGGCCGUUGUUGACUAUUACGGCUAUUGGGUUUAUUGUUGUUUUUAAGGAUUGGUGGGCAUUAACCUGCAUAUUCGGCCUCAUGCUCUCCCGCAUCCUCAACAUCUGGGUAAUCAAGCAACGCGCGGCCAAAACCCCCAAAACCGCCGACGCCUGCAUCGGUGUGGACGACAACGCCAGCCUCGACGGCCGCGGCGCCAGUGCCAGCGGUAGCAGCAGCGGAGGAUCCAACCCGCCCAAACAACGGCCCCAAUCCCCCUCCCGCCGCAACAGGACCCGCGGCGGACGGAUGUCCUUCUCCGGUACGCGGGAGCGUAUUUCCCAGUUUAUUGUAAGGAUUACGGAUGCGGAGCAGAGGAGUAUUGUGAGACUGCGUGGCAAGGCGAGUCAUAUUAAGGAGAUUACUAGUCAGCGGUGGCUCCGUAAGAAAACAAGUCUAGAAGGCUACUUCGAAGCAGCCGGAAAACUCCUUGUCUACCUAGUCGCCGCCUUCUCCGGCAACAUGACCCAAGUCGGCGGGUUCAUCAUGAUGUGUCUUCUCCUCAUCUCAGCCGGACUCCUCGCGCUAUCCAACUCCAAAGCCAAGAAAAUCGUUGUCAACGGUUUGGAAGUGGCCGUUGCUGAAAACCGCGUUUCGGUCGGCACUCAGACUAGUAAUACCAGCGCCGGUAACGGCGCCGGCGGUGCUGGUAAUGGAGGACAGGGAGGCCAGCAGAGGCGUGGUCCGGGCAAUGGACCCGCCGGUCCGCGACCGGGGCCGAAGCGUGAUCCGAGGGAUUAUACUAGUACUGGGGUUGGUACCAAUGAUCGGGGCCGGCCGGUGCAGGGGAGCGGGGCGGCUACGGGGGCGAUGAUGGGGUCUAAUGCUGCUGGGCCGAGUGGAACGAAUGCUGGACGCAAUGUGAAUACGGCUGAUUUGGCGGAACGGGGGCAGGUUGGGGGGGUUAGGUGGGAAGAGUGA